AUGGCUUUGUUUUCCAUUUUUCGUCGGCAACAGGACGUCGAUGGCGACGCAACGGAGUUGCUGCCAACGCCAGACAAGAUACCCGCUGAUUACUCUGCAGGCAGACACGAGAGGCAGCCCAGCGGGUCGACAUCUUACUCGACACCAGAGUCCACACUCGCCCCAGGAGAUGAGGGCUUUGACUUUGAGUCCAGUCUACGGGACGUAGUAGAGAAGAUGGACCGCUCGGACGUCAAGCGCAGGGAGCUUGGUGUCCUGUUCGAGAACUUGCGGGUAGUUGGCCUUGGCGAGUCGGCCGCGAUUCAGCCGACCUUCGGUUCGACCCUCAAUCCCCUCAACUGGAUACGAGGUAUCCAGCGCAUGCGCCAUCCUGCAACGCGAGAUAUUCUCAGCGGUUUCGAAGGUGUCGUGCGGCCUGGCGAGACGCUUCUUGUCCUGGGAAGACCAGGAGCAGGUUGCACAACGCUGCUGCGCACUCUCGCCAACCAACGAGGUGACUACCAUGCCGUGGAAGGGAACGUGUUCUACGACUCGAUGUCGCACCGAGACAUUGAGAAGUAUUGCCGUGGCGACGUUCAAUAUUGCCCGGAGGACGACCUGCAUUUCCCGACAUUGACGGUGGAGCAGACGCUCCAGUUUGCUUCCGUCGCCCGCACGCCCUACGGGCAGCUCGACGCUAAGACACGAAACCGGCACGUUGAUGUUAUGACUGAUGUCCUCAAGUCCGUGUUCGGGCUCCGGCAUGUCAAGGAUACCCUUGUCGGGGACGCCUCUAUCCGAGGAGUCUCCGGUGGUGAGAAGAAGCGGGUCUCGAUCAGCGAGACCCUUGCGACGCGCAGCCUCCUGACGUGCUGGGAUAACUCAACACGAGGCCUUGACUCAUCGACUGCGCUCGAGUUCGUCCGAGCUCUCCGGACAAUCACGGAUGUCACGCGAAUAUCGACCAUCGUCUCGAUCUACCAGGCCGGAGAGCAGCUGUACGAGCACUUCGACAAGGUCUGCGUGAUCUACGAGGGGCGCGUGGCAUACUUCGGCCCGGCGAACAGGGCACGGCAGUACUUCAUCGACAUGGGGUAUGAGCCCGCCAAUCGCCAGACAACGGCCGACUUCCUUGUUGCCGUGACUGAUCCCAAUGGUCGGACUCCUCACCCCGGUCGGACUCUGCUGGUCCCGCGGACAGCUGUCGAGUUCGCCGAUUACUUCAAGAACUCGGAGAUCUCGCACAUGAACCGGGCAGACAUGGAGCAGUACCGCAAGCUCUAUGUGGCCAAGCCUGAGCUGCGGCGGGCAUACCUUGAGAGUGUCCGCUCCGAGCGGUCACCUCACACAACCAAGGACAGCCCCUACAUGCUCUCGAUCCCGGGCCAAGUCCGUACGCUCAUGAUCCGGAGGGUGCAGAUCAUGCGGGGAGCGAUGACCGCUCUGCUCAUCGAGCUCGCCUCGUUCAUCGUCCUGGCCUUGAUCGUUGGUACGAUCUAUCUUCGGAUGAAGCCCAACACGUCGACCUUCUUCUCGCGGGCCAGUGUCAUCUUCUUUGCGUAUGUCUGGUCAGGUCUCUCGACCAUGGCAGAAAUCCCAACACUGUUUGCGCAACGUCCCAUCAUCUUACGGCAAUCAAGGGCAUCCAUGUAUCACCCGUUUGUUGACGCCCUCGCACUGACUCUUGUCGACAUUCCUAUUACGCUUAUGACCAUGAUCAUCUUCUCAAUAAUCUUGUACCUCCUCGCGGGGCUGCAGGAUUCGGCCGGACAAUUUUUUAUUUUCAUGCUUUUCGUUUGUAUCAUGACUAUCACGUUGAAGGCGUUCUUCCGGAGCAUCACAGCCGCAUUCACGGAUCCCGCAUCUGCGACCGCCGCGGCGGGCGUCCUGAUGCUUUUCCUGGUCUUGUACACCGGCUACCCCAUCCCCGUACCCUCGAUGAUCCAUGCUCUGUCAUGGAUCACGUACAUCAACCCUCUCAAAUACGGGUUCGAGGCACUCAUGGUUAACGAGUUCUCGACCUUGACCGCCAAGUGCGAGACCUUGAUACCCACUGGCCCGGGCUACGAGAACAUUACCCUGGCUAAUCAAGGAUGCGCCGUCGAAGGCUCCCAGCCCGGAGAGGCUACUGUCAAUGGCCUGGCAUACCUGAAGGACACGUACGGUUUCGCCGCCGGCGACUUGUGGCGAAACUUCGGCAUUCUAUGCGCGUUCGGGAUUUUUUUCGUCGGACUCCUCGUCGUCCUGACCGAGUUCAAUAACGGCUCCUCUGGCGAGUCCGCCUCCGUCCUGUUCAAGGAAGGCUCGAAGGUGGAGGACCUGACUGCUAAAGGCGGCGAUUUGGAGAAGGGUGCGGUCGGGCCUGCUCACACGUCGGUCCGGAUGUCCUUCGCGAAUGGCGGCGAGAAGACUCCCACAUACGUGAAGAAGACUCCGAUCAAGGGAAAUGUGUUCUCUUGGCAGCGGUUGUGCUACACUGUCCCGGUAUCUGGAGGCAACUACAGGAGGCUUUUGGACGACGUCUCAGGUUACGUUGCCCCGGGUAAGCUCACUGCCCUCAUGGGUGAGUCGGGCGCCGGCAAGACAACGCUACUCAAUGUUCUCGCGGACCGUGCUGGUGAAGGCUACGUGACUGGGCAACGCUACAUCAACGGGUUGCCUUUGCCCCGCGACUUCCAGGCUCAGACAGGGUACUGUCAGCAGACCGAUACGCAUGUCAAGUCUGCGACCGUGCGCGAAGCUCUUCUAUUUUCAGCCAAGCUGCGCCAACCGGCAUCUGUACCAUUGGCAGAAAAGGAAGCAUACGUCGAGGAGUGCAUCAGGAUGUGUGGUCUCGAAGCCUAUGCUGACGCUAUUGUGGGCACCCUUGGAUGCGAGCAGCUCAAGCGCACCACCGUUGGUGUUGAGCUCGUCGCUAAGCCGUCGCUGAUCUUCUUGGACGAACCCACGUCAGGCCUUGACUCGCAAAGUGCAUGGGCCAUCGUCAGCUUCUUGCGCAAGCUCGCCGACAGUGGCCAAUCAAUCGUGUGCACUAUCCACCAGCCGUCUGCGGAGCUUUUUGAGGUCUUCGACAAGCUCUUGCUGCUCCGCAAGGGCGGGCAGACCGUGUACUUCGGUGAUCUUGGCCAUGGGGCGAGCACUGUUCUCAAGUACUUCGAGAGCAAUGGUGCGCGGACUUGUGACGCCCUCGAGAACCCCGCGGAAUACAUCCUCGACGUGGUCGGCGCGGGCGCUACUGCGUCGUCGAAGACGGACUGGCACACAAUAUGGAAGACGUCGCCAAAGUCGCAGGACUUGCUUCAGGAUCUCGACAUGAUCCGCAUGUCUAAUGUUGACCGCCCUGCGAGCGGCGAGGCUGAGCCUCCCAAGUAUGCUAGUUCUUGGACGUACCAGCUCGCGACGCUGCUGCAGAGGGACGCCCGUACAUUGUGGAGAGAUCCGACAUACCUGAUCGCGAAGAUGGCCGUCAAUGUUUUCUGCGCUCUGGUCAUUGGCUUCACGUACUGGAAGUCGGCCAGCACGAUUCAGGGCACGCAAAACAAGCUCUUCUCAAUCUAUAUCUCCACGUUCCUCGCUGCACCGCUCGUCGAACAGCUCCAGGUUCCCUUCCUUGAGAUGCGGAGCAUCUUCGAGAUUCGCGAGCAGCACAGUCGCAUGUACAAGUGGUCUGCUUUGAUCACUUCUCAAUUACUCGUCGAAGUCCCGUGGAACAUCUUGGGGUCCUCUCUGUUCUUCGUCUGCUGGUACUGGACUGCUGGCUUCCCCACCGAUCGCGCGGCGUAUACCUACCUGCUCUUCGGAGUCAUCUACCCGUUGUACUACACAUCGUUCGGCCAGGCUACAGCAGCAAUGGCUCCAAACGCUGAGAUCGCCGCGCUGAUCUUCAACGCGCUGUUCGCUAUCAUGAUUGUCUUCGACGGUGUGCUUCAGCCCUACCGUGAACUCGGCAAGUGGGUAUGGAUGAACAAGAUCUCGCCAUCGACUUACUUCGUGGAUGGUUUCCUCGGCCAAGCCGUUGGAAGGACCCAGAUCUCCUGUUCUUCCGUGGAGUUCAUCAAGGUCAACCCUCCGUCCGGGCAAACAUGCGUGCAGUACCUGAACAAGUUCAUCGACAUGAACGGCGGUUAUCUUACGAAUCCGAACGCCACGAACCAAUGCAACUUCUGCCAAUACAGGACAACAGAUCAGUUCCUGGACAGCCGGAAUGUCUCCUACGACAACCGGUGGCGGAGCCUCGGCAUCUUUAUCGGAUUCACAGUCUUCAACGUGGUUGCCAUUUAUAUAAUAACAUAUAUAUUCCGAGUACGGACUGGUUCGCUUCUCGACUGGGUACGAUCACUAUCCAUCACCCCUCGGCGGAAGACCCAAAAGCCCUCUCGGACGUAA